AGACAAUCGAAAGCCAUCGUCCGCAGCAUGUUUCGCGUCGCGUCCUUGUCGAUGGCCCGCGGCUCCGUUCUCCGCGCCAAGCAAGGCUGCCGCCUCCAGAGCACGUCGUCCGCGCCCGCGCCCAAGGCCUCCUUCGGGAAGCUCGUCGGCCGCGUCGGCGGCGCCGGUGUGCUGCUCGUGGCUGGCAUGCAGCUCUACCAGCUCAACAACCCGACCGAAAACGAGGUCCUUUUCAACCCGGCGACGGUCUUUGCGCGCCUGCCCGGCGCCAAGACGCCGCUCGAGGAAACCAUGGCCAGCGAGUUGCAGUACAUGGGCCUGAGCAUGAUUCCGUACCGUGGCAUCUCGCGCCUCUGGGGCUUUGUCAACGACAUUGAGCUGCCCAUGUGGGCCCGCGAGCCCGUGUACAAGGCGUGGACGUACGCGUUCGACUGCCAGCUCCACGAAAUGAAGUACCCGCUCAAGGAGUACCGCAACCUCUGCGAGUUCUUCUCGCGUCCGCUCAAGGAGGGCGCCCGCGUCAUUGACCGCGAUCCGCGCGUCAUGUCGAGCCCAGUUGACGGCCGCAUGGCCACGAUCGGCGUCGUCGACGGCACCAGCGGCAUCCCCGUCCUCGAGCAAAUCAAGGGCGCGCGGUACCGCAUGGACGAGUUCCUCGGGUCGAUUCCCGAUUUCUUCACCAACCCGACGCCGGGCAAGCGCUUGUACCACUGUGUGAUCUACUUGGCGCCGGGCGACUACCACCGCAUCCACUCGCCCAUUGACUGGAGCGUCGAGGAGCGCCGUCAUUUCCCCGGCAACCUCUUCCCCGUCAACAAGCUCGCCGUCAACUUUGUCCCAAGCCUCUUUACGGCCAACGAGCGCAUCGCGCUUCUGGGCCAGUGGAAGCACGGGUUUUACUCGCUCACGGCCGUCGGCGCCACCAACGUUGGCUCGAUUGGCAUCGACCUGGAGCCCGACCUUGUGACGAACCUCGGGAGCCAGGACCGCCUUGGCGGCUCGUGCUUGUCCAAGGUGUAUGAUGCGCAGCAUCUCGUGUCGCGCGGCGACCAAGUGGCGCAGUUCAAGCUGGGCUCGACCGUCGUGUUGGUGUUUGAGGCCCCGGAAGACUUUGAGUUUACUGUGCAGCCGGGCGAGAAGAUUCGUUUUGGCCAGCCGAUGGGCCACUUUACAGCGCCCGACACCGAAGAGCCGUCGACGUUCCCGAGCACGGCCGAGUUGAUCAAGCACGCGCCGCCGUCGCGGUCGUACUUUGGCGAAGUGUCGCACCUGCUUGGCAAGGUCUUUGGCUCGGCGCUGCAGGAGACGACCGAGAAGGCGUUGUCGCCCGACGCGUCGCUCGCCAAGAGCCGCGAGUCCCUCGGCCCUGCGUACACCAACAAGGAAAUCGAGUAGAGGACAAUACUGGUAGUAAUGAAUAGCAACCCUAACCGUUGGACGAAAUCGUGGCGCUUUUGUGUGCAC